GUUGUUUAUUAUCUCGGAUUUCGGGAGCUGAUUUCGGCGCUCUUUUAAUCCCGAGGGCUUCCAUAGACGAACGGACUAUAGUAGCUUUAUCAUGUAAGGUAUAUAGUAUGAUAAUAAAUAGGUCAGAGCGAGUGCCAAGAAUAGCUCCCCAAUAUUCCGUAUCUGGGUCCCGUUCAUCUCCCGAUAUGGGUACGAUCGGAAUCCUGAGUGGCCCGAGACGCACGGUAAUCUUGUUCACGGAUAACUCAAAACUCCCCAUUCCCGUUACGCAGCCGGGCGUUAUAUUAAGUACCUACCACCUAAAGUUAUAUUUAUAGUCAUUCUACGAACCCAUCUAUUUGAAUCUUACUGUCUUGUGAACUCACAGCAUCUCAACGUCGUUGCCAUGGAAACUGAUAAAGAGUUUAAGGUUAUUAUCGUCGGGGGUGGCAUAGCCGGCCUUACCCUUGCUAAUAUGCUGGAGAAGUUCGACUUGAACUACAUCAUCUUAGAAUCUCAUUCAGAAAUUGCGCCGCAAGUGGGUGCGAGUAUUGGAUUGUUUCCCAACGGUUUGCGAAUACUUGAUCAGUUGGGAUGCUACGAAGACAUUCUUCGCUUAUUCGAGCUAUUACAAGGCGGACAUCGCCACGAAAAGGCGUACGUACGAGAUGGAAGCGGCAAUGUCUUGGACACCCAAUAUGACCUAAGUGGAGAGCUUGUAAGACGACAUGGCUAUGGACUACUCUUCUUUGAUAGACAGCAGCUUUUGCAGAUUCUUUACGAUCAUCUCCAGCACAAAGACCGGGUAUUGCCGAGCAAGAAGUUCGCUACCGCGAGCUUGACAGAUGGAGGUGUCAGAGUUACAUGCGCGGACGGUUCCACGUUCGACGGGACUAUUCUCGUAGGUGCGGAUGGCGUUCAUAGCGCUGUUCGAUCCAGCAUGAUUAGUCUCGGCAACAAGAUUCGGCCAGGAUCCUUCGACGAAAAGGAACUAGAUAACAUUCCUUGCCAUUAUAGGUGUAGCUUCGGCAUUGCUCAGCAUGUUGACAACUGGGCUGCAGGCGAGCAACAUCGUGUGGCAGGACGACAUCAGUCUCAGCUUGUCGUUUCGGGACCUGAAGACCGAGUGUACUGGUUCUUAUUCGACAAGUUACCGCAGACGAAAUACGGGAAAGAAAUACCUAGGUACACCGAAAAGGACGAAGAAGAAUUCAUUAGAGAGAAUGCCAACGUACAUAUUACUGAGCAAAUCACCUUCGGCCAAAUAUAUAACAAGCGCCUGACGUCGACAUUGACGCCGUUACACGAAUACGUUUUGAAGAAAUGGUUCUUCGAUAGGAUCGUCGCAAUAGGAGACUCUGUUCACAAGCCCGACCCUAUUGGCGGCCAAGGUGCCAAUGGCGCUAUUGAAUCUUGCGCUGAACUUAUCAACGCCCUGCUACGGAUGAAAGAUGAUCGAGGCGGAACCCUGAACGGGCUAUCGGGGAAGGAAGCUGAAAAGAUCUUCUCAGAGAUGCAAGAUUCUAGACAGGAACGAGCGCACUUCGUUGUCGAUACGUCACAUAGUAUCCAGACGAUUUUCUCCCACGAAAAACCCAUAUUAUCGAAAUUCCUCUUAAGAGUCGUAGCCCCAUUAUCCGGUAUGGAAGAUAGCUUAGUUCAGCUGGCCAAAAUCUAUUCAGGGGCUGCAACCGUGAGGAGGCUCCCGGUUCCUAAGCGACCGCGAGCUAUCCCUUUCAGCGACGAGUUGCCAGUCGCACCUGUGGCUAAGAAUGUAUCAGCUGUGCGAAAUAUAUUGGUCGGAGGAAUGGUUUUCGCUUUACUUGUCACUACUAAAGCCUGGCGACUUCCCCUCCCAGAUAUCAAAGAAUGGAUAGACAGGGCUCCUGUGACCAUGCGAUGGUUUGGGGAGAACAGUGCUUCGCAUAUUCUCAACAUAUACACGUCGGUCCUGGCAAUACCGUUGAUGGAUAAAGACCCGUCUUCCAAAUUACAUCUUGUGAACUUCCUUUCACAGCUCAUCUCGCCACUUCUGAUAUACUCCAUCGAGGGUCACCGCGCGGGGAAUCAAGGGACCCCCCUCGCUCUGCCAUCCGCGUAUUCGGUAGGCAUGCAGCUCAUAGGUAUCGGCCGCAUAGGCCCGGCACACGCCAUUCUGAGCAGCUCAUUCACGCACGAGUUUUCUACUGGUCGUGCCGUACCCGUCAGCGUAGCUAAGUCGCUGGUUCCCGCAAUCACUCUUGGCUACGUGCUCCCGACGGUACUCGCCCUCUCGCCUAUUCCCAAUUUUGGACGUUGGCAGAACUUACUCGCAUUAUGGCAAUUUGCACCGCCGCUAUUCAACGCCCUAACCAGCGCCUUCUCCAGAGGCCUCGAACGAUGGCAACAGGGUAAGAAGUCUGCGGAGGAGUACGAAGAGGAGCACCGAUAUGACCGGUACGAAACUACGGACGUGCCUAUUCUCAAGUCUGUGUAUACGUACGCGUUUGCCGUGCAAGCUACCGCACACACCGGUACCCUGUUGUAUGCCUGGAUGCAUCCGGGUAUCUCGAUCGCCAAGACUUUCUUUGGCCUGCCGAAUCCCUUCGCACCAUCGUGGAACUUGAGCCUCGGCGCAGGGGUAGCUACUUUCUUCAAGUACGACAUGGCCAUCGCCGUGACGUCGUUCGUAUGCAGCAAUCUGUACUCGAUUUGGGAUCUACGCCGGCUCGGGUAUAUCAAGACCGCCGAAGCGGUCAAGGCCGGCGUGGCCGUGAUAGCAGGCCAGUUCGUUGUCGGCUCCGGCGCUACGUGGGCAGGCUUAUGGCAAUGGAGAGAGGAAAAGCUGGCCAGCUUGGAGAUCAAAUAGAGCCGACAGGAAUGCGCCAGCUUUAGGGGCUAUGAUGUCACUGAUAUAACUUUGGAAUUUCUCGGACAUUUUGGAAGUGGAUGGGUAUAAAAAGCGUGUUGUUUGGUAAAACUUGUGGCCUUAGGGCGUUACAGCGUACAGAUAUGGCGACAGGGUAUUUCAUUUACAUCGUAAUUUUUCCAACUAGUCAACUCUAUAGAAUUAUAGCAUUAUCUUAUAACUAACAACGGUUUCAUUUAUCCUUCUACCUAUAAUAUCUAUAAAAAUAAAUACAGUACUAGGAUGUAAAACAA